AUGAGUAUUUCUGAGGAUGAUUUGAUCCGAUUCCAUCAGGCCCAUUUCGGGUUUCUGCCUGACCGAGAACUUGUGUCUUGGGACGCGAAUGGCGACGAUAGUGUUAAUCGUGCUGGUGAAGCUGAACAGCCAGAUGUGUACUAUGAAGACGGCACUGUGAGAACUAUCACCGACGAAGAGAUCAAAUUCUUUCGUGAUUCUGAGUUGAGACAGAGAGAGCUUGCUCGUCAGCUGAAAACAGGUAUUAAAUCAGGUGCUGCUAGUAACUCUGGCAAAGAUUCAGAAAGCGAAUUUGCGUCAACUUUUCGGCCGGCUAGUGUUGAAGAAACAAAGCCAUAUACGCCAAUUUCCAAUGAUAGUAGCAGUUAUAGGGCUGUAUUUGGUUUGUACGAAUCGUACAUCCAGCGGUUGGACGAUGAAUGUGAUGCCAAUUUCAUCAAUGUCUGCCGUAAGCGCAAAGUUCAGCACUAUUAUCCAGUCCUGCCUCUUUCACAAUAA